GCGAUAUGUGUGCGCAGUAACAGCAGCAGCUGCAUCAGCUAUAACCUUUUACCCACUUCCACCGCCGUGAGUUCUCACGCUUCCUCAGCUCUAUAUAAAGCUCCAAUAACCGAGGCUUAAUUUACCCCAUCGUCACGCAGCCUGUCGACACAAUAAAUCAGAAUCAGGAUGUUAUCCUAUCUUACCCGCUGGAUGUCCAGAGGUGCCGUCCAGGCACUGAAGAAGGCCAGCAGUCGGCCUCAUCUGGUCAAGACUCCUCGUAUUGGGAAUCAGACACUGGCAGCAGCCCCUUUGCCUUUUGCUGGGGGUAGUCCUGGAGUGAGACAGGCCAGAGCGCUGGAUCAGGAGAGGCUGCUGCACAUUGAGUGGGAUGAUGGAACGUGUAGUUUGUAUCCCUUCACCUGGUUGAGAGAUAACUGCCAGUGUCCUCUCUGUAUGCUGCAGUCAGCACAGGCGCGCAGCUUGCUCUUCUCAGAUUUGGAUGUGCAUACCGGGAUGGACCAGGUGCAGCUGAUGGAGAAUAAGGUGUCCAUACUAUGGCCCGAUCAGCACAGCAGUGAGUUUGAGCCUGAGUGGCUCAAGAAAAGAUGUUUUUCUUCUGAGGCAAGACAGGCUCGGCAAGAGGAACUCUUCCUAAAUGAGCGUGAAUACUGGGAUUCUUGCCUAAAGAUCCCCACGUUAGACUUUGAGGAGGUUUUGCACAAUGAUAAGGAAGCAUUGGCCUGGCUGGAGGCUCUGAGACGCAUUGGCAUUGUUUACCUGAGAGGAGCACCAGUGGAGCAGGGCCAGGUGGCCAGACUGAGCCAGAGAAUCGGUUAUCUUCGGCUCACAUUUUACGGACACACGUGGCAAGUGCAGGACAAGCCUAUGGCUAACAAUGUUGCAUAUACGUCUGGGAAGUUGAGUUUGCACACAGACUACCCUGCUCUUCACCAUCCACCUGGAGUGCAGUUCCUGCAUUGUAUCCGUCAGGCUGAGCAAGGUGGUGAGAGUGAAGUGGUCGAUGGGUUUCACGUGGCCGAGCGGCUCAGGACGGAUGAUCCUGAAGCAUUUUCUGUCCUCUCCUCUCUCAGGGUGGAUUUUACAGACAGCGGUGCUGAUUACUGCGACUUCAGCGUGCAGUCCAAAAACCACAUUAUAGAUGUGGACAAUGAAGGUCGGGUUGUGAGGAUCAACUUUAACAACGCCACAAGAGACACAUCGUUGGAUAUGCCUCUGCAUCAGGUUCAACCCUUCUACUCCUCUCUAAAGGCUUUUGUGGACCUGCUCAGCAGACCUGAGAAUGUGUUCACGUACAAAAUGGAGCCAGGUGACUUGGUGACCUUUGAUAACUGGCGUCUGCUGCACGGCCGAAGAAGUUAUGCCUCACGUUCAGUUCAGAGCACAAGACAUCUUGAAGGAGCAUAUCUGGACUGGGAUGAGGUCAUGUCCCGUCUCAGGAUCCUUCGGAAGACUGUUCGAGGAGACAUUUAGACACUAGUGCUUCCACAUUCAGUGACAUUUAUAGCUAGACAACUCAUAGCUAGAUUCAUAUGCAGUCAGUCCUUCGGUAUUGGGUUAAUGUUACUUUAAGGUAACUUUAACAACUACUAACCUCCAGAAGCUUUGAAUUCUAGAAGGGAUUAUUUUGCUGUUGUUGGGGGCACUUCAGUUUUAGCAAUUAGAUUUUUUGGGGGGCUUUUCAAUUCAUAUUUUCUUGCACAUGCCUAGAAAGUUCAUUUAUUUCAUUUCCUUUUGACCAUACAUACAGUAUGAGGGACAGUUUUUGGGAUGGUUUUAAUUUAAAAUGUUUUAUAUGUGAAUAACUGGCUUAAGAAUGGAUCUUAUACUGUUGGGUUUUUCUGCAUCAUCAAUGUUCUCAUUGCUCAUGUUGUGCAUGUUGAGUGGGCACUGAUUGUGCAGAUUGAACCUUUUUAGCUGUUGGUCAUUGUUACCCUUUCCCCCUCAUUCUAAGAUUACAAUUGAAACCAAUUCUAAUUAUGUCUUCAAAUAAUUGUAUCUCCUUUGUUAAAACAUUCAGAUCUUUAUAGAGUCUGAAUUGAGCUGAAAACAGUGUACAUCAUUAGUUUCCCCUAUUUAUUCUAUUUUACUGUAAGUAUAGUUUGUUAAAAUAUGUCCAAAGCACAGAUUCAUUGGUUGUAAAAGUGCCUUUUACAUUUAACAAUGUAUUUCUCUUUUAAUAUUUUUAAAACAUUAUUAGAAACAUCUUUGUACUGAUUGCCAUACACAUCACCCCAGUGGACAUUUGUCUCUGUAACCUUUAUUUUGAAAAAGGCCAAUUUGUGCAACUGCACUAACAAUGCAAACAGAGCAUAUUUAGCUAAAGUCCUGUCUCUUCCAUGAUUGUGUAGAUUAUGUCUUUGUAUGAAAUAUCUAGUAUAAAUUUAAUUUAUUUUGUGUAAACACUAGACAUUGCUUUUGAGCUCAGGAUUACCCAGUGGGUGUUUGAGCGCCUGUAUUUAAAGAUGCUAUAUCGUCAGGUCUUGAUGCCCUGUUAUAAAAAUGCUGUAUGAAUGUAAGUUGCAUUGUAUUGGCAGGAUUCUGACAUGGAUUUUUUAUUUUCUAAAAAACAAUAAAGACAUUAGAAGUUUCGUCA